AUGGCGAAAUCGAGCAAAGAUCCGACGUCGUAUCCGGCGAUAAAGGCAGAGCAAUACUUACACAGUCCCGUUCACUACGCGGUGGCGAUUCGCGACCAUGCUAAACUCAAUAGAAUAAUUUCUUCACUUCCUCGAGUUCCCGACCCGGCCCGAGUCAUUACCGAGUCUGACUCCCUCGCUCACGAGCGCCUUGCGGAAAAAAUCUCCGCCAUGCUGGACCGCCGCGACGUGCCGUUCCGCGAGACGCCCCUCCAUCUCGCCGUACGCCUCAACGACGUCGCAGCCGCGCGCGCCCUCUCCUCCGCCGGCGCCGAUAUCUCCCUCCACAACGGCGCCGGCUGGAAUCCGCUCCAGGAAGCGCUCUGCCGGCGUGCCUCCGACAUCGCGCACCUCCUCGUUCGACAACACCACCGCGCCGCAUGGGCGAAGUGGCGGCGACGCUUGCCGCGCCUUGUCGCCGCCCUCCGCCGCAUGCGCGACUUCUACAUGGAGAUUUCGUUUCACUUCGAGAGCUCCGUGAUCCCCUUCGUCGGGAAAAUUGCCCCCUCCGAUACGUACAAAAUCUGGAAGCGCGAUGGAAACCUCCGCGCAGACACCACCCUCGCCGGCUUCGAUGGCCUCAAAAUCCACCGCGCCGACCAAAGCUUCCUCUUCCUCGGUGACGGUGAUGCCAAAAGCAACGUCCCAGCAGGUUCGCUCCUCGUGCUCAACCGCGACGAUAAAAAAAUCCUCGACGCUUUCGAGAAUGCCGGAGCUCCGAUGAGCGAUUCUGACGCGGCAGGGUUCUGCUCGCAGAGCAGCGUCUACCGGCCGGGGAUGGAUGUAACCAAAGCAGAGUUAGUAGGGAGAACCAAUUGGAGAAGACAAGAGAAGAUGGAAAACGUGGGAGAGUGGAAAGCUAAGGUUUACGAAGUGCAUAACGUGGUUUUCAGUUUCCGGUCACGAAAAGUUGCCACCGGUGAAUCUGACGUGGCAGGAAGUGAGCAGGUUUUGCCGUUGGAGCUGGAUGAAGACGAAGACGGUUUUCUCGUCGCCGAGAAUCCGAGUUUUGGAAUCACAGCGACUAAUAGCAAUGUUGAUAAGAGAAGACAUAGUAGUUUUGUUCGAGAAGAACGAGAGUGGGUUCCGGUAGGAAGAACAAGCGUGGAUUUGCCUUCCAUUUCGGUUGCACCGCCGAGGAGAUCUUCUGCGGUGGCGCCACCUACGGCGGAGCCACCGACGAAGGAGAAGGAAUAUUUGAGAAGUUUGCGGCCGGCGGUGUGGUUGACGGAGCAGUUUCCCUUGAAGACGGAGGAGCUGUUGCCGUUGUUGGACAUUCUGGCGAACAAGGUGAAGGCGGUGCGGCGGCUGCGGGAGCUGCUGACGACGAAGUUCCCGGCGUGGAGUUUUCCGGUGAAGGUGGCGAUCCCGGUGGUCCCCACGGUGAGGGUGGUGGUCACGUUUACCAAGUUCGUGGAGCUGCAACCUGUGGAGCAGUUCUACACACCGUUCUCGAGUCCUUCGCAUUUGCACAGUGCAGAUGAAGAUGAUGACGACGGUGGUCAAAAUGGGCAGAAACUAGUAAGACAGAGUUCAUCAUCUUCUGGGGGAUCCACGUGGCUGAGACGAAGUACUAGUAGUAGCCAAUCGUGGAGUAAGCAUCAACAAAGAUGUUCAUCUGGGGCUCUGGAUUCGGAUCCUUUUGCUAUUCCUGCUGGAUAUACGUGGACCAAUGGUGGGGAUGAUUCGUCACGGAAAAUGAAGAAGUCCAAGUCCGUGAGAAAAUCAAAGUGA